AAAAAAAAAAAAACUCUUUAAGAUUUAAUAUUUUGGGGUUUAUUCUUCUUACAGUGUGAUUUGGUUGGGGGAAGAAAAAAAAAGGAGAGAUUUGAGAUUGUUCUCUAAUUGAAGAAAUUUACUGCGAGUUGAUGAAGAAGCAAUGGAGACGAAAUAGAUCGAUGCUAAUUGUCUUCCUCGUUGAUCAUCAUUAACCUAAGCUUCUCUCUCUAUCCUCUCUUAUCUUUUCCUUGUUAUGAUUUGAAGUAAUUGCGAAACCUAACCUAGUUUGAGAUGUUGUUCAUUGUUCAUUGUUCAUUGUUCAUACUUCAUAUAUCGUAAAGCCUAAAUGUGUAAUUGCUAUGGAUGAAUAGGAUUUGCGAUCGUGUUCAUUGUUCGUAGUUGUAAACCCUAAUUGUGUAAUUGCUAGUCCCUAUUCAUUCGACUUUGAUUUCUAAAUCAUCUAUUAAGAAAGAAAAAAAAUGAUUUUUCUAAUCUAUCGUAUGUGAUUAUAACCUAAUCCCAUAAAUAGAAAUUAAAAAUGCUAAUAAAGAAAAUGACAGAGAUGAGAUUUGUUAAGAGAGAUGUGCUAAACAGCCCCAAAUUAACAGGAACUACUACAUAUAUAAAACUGAUAAAACUGUCUUAUGUCAAAAUUGGAUUUGUCUCGCUUAAAAUCUAUUUGUACAUUUUGGUUUUGUGAGCAAUAACUACCUGCUGCUAGCUAUUCAUGUCUGUUUUGCUGUUCUGUAAGUUUUCCAAGAAGACUAUUAAAGAAUGAAAAAUGUAGACUUUAAGGGUUAAACCAACAAAGAAAGAAGCGAUUCUUCCCCACAAGAAACAUGGGAAUUGUGAAGGGAAGGUCCAAAGCUUGUCUCUUUGUUGUAUUCUUGUUCAUUCUCAGUUGUGGGUUUUGCGUGUUUGCUCAAGAAAGCAGCAAUGAGAAGAGAAAGGUAUAUAUAGUUCAUUUAGGUGCGAGGCAACACGAUGAUCCUGAGUUAGUCUCUGAAUCACACCAGAGGAUGUUGGAGUCGGUUUUCGAAAGCCCGGAAGCUGCUCGAAAGUCCAUCAUCUACAACUAUCACCAUGGAUUUUCCGGGUUUUCAGCCAGGCUUACAGACUCACAAGCUAAACAACUUUCAGACCGUCCUGAUGUUUUCAGUGUCUCACCAAAUCGAAUGGUUCAGUUGCAGAGCACUAGAGUUUAUGAUUAUUUGGGCCUUUCUCCAACUUUCCCCAAAGGAAUUCUCCAUGAGACCAACAUGGGAAGUGAUGUUGUCAUUGGUUUUCUUGACUCUGGAAUAUGGCCAGAGUCUCCGGCUUUUAACGAUGAAGGGCUUGGACCAAUACCGAAACAUUGGAAGGGCAAGUGUGUAGCUGGAGAGGGUUUUGACCCAGCAAAGCAUUGCAACAAAAAAUUAGUAGGAGCAAAGUACUACACUGAUGGCUGGGAUGAGAUGUUUCCUGGGGAACGAAUCAGCGAGGAAGAAUAUAUGUUGUCCCCUAGAGGUCUUGGUGGACAUGGGACUACCGUCGCUUCAAUUGCAGCAUCUUCAUUCGUGCCUAAUGUCUCAUAUGGUGGUCUUGCACCUGGAGUCAUGAGAGGCGGUGCUCCAAAGGCUCGUAUAGCUAUGUACAAAGUUGUUUGGGAUAGAGAAUUUCAGGGUUCGUCCGUUGUGCAUAUGCUCAAGGCAUUCGAUGAGGCCAUAAAUGAUGGCGUUGAUGUAUUGUCGGUUUCAAUCGGCGGAAUCCUUCCUUCUGGCCCAUACCAAGAGGACAAUAUGGCGCUUGGAUCCUUCCAUGCAGUGAUGAAGGGCAUUCCGGUUGUAGCUGGUGCUGCUAAUACAGGCCCCGCUGCUUCCACUGUGUCUAAUGUAGCUCCGUGGUUGCUCACAGUCGCUGCAACUAACAUUGACCGUACCUUUUAUGUAGACAUGACUUUUGGAAAUAACAUCACCAUGAUAGGUCAAGCUCAACAUACAGGUAAGGAAUUAUCUGCUGGUUUAGUUUACCUCGAAGACUAUCAAAACGACACCUCUCCCAUACCGGGAAAAGUUUUCCUAACUUUUGUGAAAGAAGAUUGGGAAAUGACAAGCGCAUUGGUGGCUGCAAGUUCCAACCAAGCCUCGGGGAUGAUCGUGGCACGCAGUACUGAUCAACAAAGUGAUGUUGUGUAUAAAACACCAUACAUCUACGUAGACCAUGAAGUCGGAGCUAAGAUUCUACGAUACAUCCGCUCGACAAGUUCUCCAACAAUAAAAAUUAGUGCAGGUAAAACGCUUGUGGGACGUCCUAUUGCGACUCAAGUUUGCGGAUUUUCAUCUAGGGGGCCUAAUCCAAUCUCUCCACCCAUUCUCAAGCCUGAUAUAGCAGCCCCGGGUAUGACGAUUUUAGCAGCUACCUCUGAAGCCUUCCCCGAUUCUUACGGCGGAUAUAUCCUAGGCACAGGGACAUCCUUUGCCACUCCCGUUGUUUCGGGGCUCGUCGCACUACUAAAAGCUUUACACCCUGACUGGUCUCCUGCCGCGCUUAAAUCCGCUAUUAUGACUUCAGCAUGGAAGACCGAUCCAUCCGGGGAUCCAAUCUUUGCGGAGGGACAACCACGGAAACUGGCUGAUCCAUUUGACUACGGUGCAGGACUCGUGAACAUGGAAAGAGCCAAAGAUCCGGGACUUGUCUAUGACAUGAAUGUCGACGAUUACAUUCACUUUUUCUGCGCCUCUGGUUACAACGAGACAGCAAUCACUAUACUCGUUGGAAAACCCACAAGAUGCUCGUCUCCGUUACCAUCUAUACUCGAUUUCAACUACCCGGCCAUCACGAUUCCCGACCUUGAAGAAGAAGUGACCAUCACGAGAACGGUGACUAACGUUGGACCGGUAGAUUCGGUUUAUAGAGCCGUGGUGGAGCCUCCUCAAGGUGUAAAGAUCGUUGUUGAACCAGAGACUCUAGUGUUCGAACAGAACACGAAGAAACUUGGGUUUAAAGUUAGGGUUUCGUCAAGUCAUAAGAGUAACACUGGUUAUUUCUUUGGUAGUUUCACUUGGACUGAUGGGACUCGAAAUGUUACCAUUCCUUUGUCUGUGAGGACUCGUGUUUUGAACCCUUGAAUAAGAAGAUUCCUCAAUUCGUCAUAAAUUGUUUUUAUUUUCUUUCUCUUUUUCUAUGUAAUAAUGAAAACAAAAACAUAUAAUAAAAAAUUUGUAA